UAAAUAUUAGCCUUGACAUAUGCUUCCUCACGUGGUUCGAGCGCAUCAGCAUCAUGGUGAUCCUGCUGAACUGUGUCACUCUGGGGAUGUACCAGCCCUGCGAGAACAUCGACUGCACCUCGGAGCGCUGUCAGAUUCUACAGGCAUUCGAUGCAUUUAUCUAUAUUUUCUUUGCACUGGAGAUGGUGGUGAAGAUGGUGGCUCUGGGGAUCUUUGGCCGUCGCUGUUAUCUUGGCGAUACUUGGAACAGACUGGACUUUUUCAUUGUCAUGGCAGGGAUAGUUGAAUACUCCCUUGAUCUCCAGAACAUCAACUUUUCCGCCAUCAGAACAGUGCGUGUACUCAGACCUCUUAAAGCCAUCAACAGAGUACCCAGUAUGCGUAUCCUGGUGAACCUGCUGCUGGACACUCUGCCCAUGCUAGGAAAUGUGCUUCUGCUCUGUUUCUUUGUCUUCUUCAUUUUUGGCAUAAUUGGCGUGCAGCUAUGGGCUGGACUAUUAAGAAAUCGCUGUUACCCAGAGGAGAACUUCACCCUCACAUCUGGCAUCACCCUCCCCGCCCCAUAUUAUCAGCCUGAGGAGGAUGACGAGCGGCCCUUCAUCUGCUCUCUGGCUCAGGAUAACGGCAUCAUGUCCUGCAGCGAUGUACCCGCUCGGAGAGAAGGUGGACGGGAGUGCUGUCUUAAUAAAGAGGAUGUGCUGCACCGUCAGGCCCUGGGUUUGAGCGCAGAACCGCUGGUCAAUGGCAGUGUCUCCGCCGUGGGGCUCUGUGUGAACUGGAACCAGUAUUACACCCGCUGUCACACAGGUCACACCAACCCACAUAAAGGAGCGAUCAAUUUUGACAACAUAGGUUACGCAUGGAUCGUCAUAUUUCAGGUGAUCACGCUGGAGGGUUGGGUGGAGAUCAUGUACUACGUCAUGGAUGCUCAUUCCUUCUACAACUUCAUCUACUUCAUAUUCCUCAUUAUCAUUGGAUCUUUCUUCAUGAUUAAUCUGUGCCUCGUGGUCAUUGCCACUCAGUUUUCGGAGACCAAACAGCGAGAGCACCAGCUGAUGCAAGAGCAACGUGCUCGCUGUCUGUCCUCCAGCACGCUGGCUUCGCUCGCUGAGCCCGGAGACUGUUACGAGGAGCUCUUCCAGCUGGUCUGUCACAUCCUGCGCAAGGCCCGCCGCCGCUCAGCCGCCCUUUACUACAUGCUCCGUGGCAAAGCCCCUCCCCCUGGGGGAGGGAGGGGGCGUGGCAAAGGAGGAGCAGGAUCGACAGGGGGAGGGGCCAAUGUGAAUGGCAGCGAAAGACACCACUGCCAUUCUACUCAGACGCCUCACUGUAUUCAUCAUACCAAGAUGGACCACAGCUCCCAAACUCUGGAGAAUGUCAUCUCCCUCUCCGUCACCCCAAACAGAGAGGAGUGUCCACAGAGUGCAGCCCUGUCACUCAAGGAAGGGGCGGGAUUGACAAGACACUCGGCCAAUGGGGAGGAAGAGGAGGCUGCGCUGGAGGAGACGGACAGAGAUGGGAACCGCUUGGAUGAGAAGGGGGACAAUGGCUCCGAGGACUUGCCAAAGAUGAAACGCACCUGUUUCGGGAAAUGUAAAGAUAUUUGGGAUGAAAUGAGAGUGAAGCUUUGGGGUAUAGUUGAAAGCAAGUACUUCAACAGAGGGAUCAUGAUCGCCAUCCUCAUCAAUACAAUCAGCAUGGGCAUCGAGCACCAUAACCAGCCUGAUGAACUGACUAAUGUCCUGGAGAUUUGUAACAUAGUGUUCACCAGUAUGUUCACCCUGGAGAUGAUCCUCAAGCUUACUGCCUUUGGCUUCUUUGAAUAUCUUAGAAACCCCUACAACAUCUUUGAUGGCAUUAUUGUGAUCAUCAGCGUAUGUGAGAUCAUUGGGCAGUCUGAUGGGGGUCUGUCCGUCCUGAGGACGUUCAGACUGUUGAGGGUCAUAAAGCUGGUCCGGUUCAUGCCAGCUCUCCGCAGACAGCUGGUGGUCCUGAUGAAGACCAUGGACAACGUGGCCACCUUCUGCAUGUUACUAAUGCUCUUUAUCUUCAUAUUCAGUAUUCUGGGAAUGCACAUUUUUGGCUGCAAGUUCAGCCUGAAGACAGAGGCUGGGGACACAGUACCUGAUAGGAAAAACUUUGACUCCCUGCUUUGGGCCAUUGUCACAGUGUUUCAGAUCCUAACUCAAGAGGACUGGAACAUGGUUUUGUAUAACGGCAUGGCCUCUACCUCCCCUCUGGCAGCUCUGUAUUUUGUUGCGCUCAUGACUUUUGGGAACUACGUUCUGUUCAAUCUGCUUGUGGCUAUCUUAGUCGAAGGAUUUCAGGCAGAGGGUGAUGCUAACCGUUCCUACUCUGAUGACGACAGAUCAUCUUGUAACUUCGAAGAAACUGAGAAAAAGGACUCACUCCAGCUGUCCGAUCCCAAGAUUUCCACUUUGACCCCUAAUGGGCAUCUGGAUUUGGCACCUGCACCCAACGCCAGGAGCCUGUACCCAUCUGAAAGGCUGAGCUUUGCCCUGAGAUCCCGCAAGAGCAGCGUGAGCUCCCUGGGCAGGGCUAGCCUGGAGCAGACGGUGCUGUGUCCAGGACAAGCCUCUUUGUACAACAACUGGGGACGGCCCGCACAACCGGGAAUAUGGAGUCGCAGGUCAAGCUGGAACAGCUUAAGUCGAUCCUCUAGAUGCCUGGGGAUGGGGGUCGGAGGCAGUUUAAGGGUCCGUAGCCCUCACUCUCGCCUCGCUGAGCAGGAGUCCCUACUGUCUCCACCACUCCCUCCUCUGCACCCACCUCUGCUCUCUAGACACUUCGUCCCGCGCAGAGAACGGCGAGCUCUCUCUUUGGAGCUUCCUGAGCUGCUGCAGGUGCCUGGACCAGCCCUGCCUCCUCUGCAUGCACGGCAACGCAAGAAGAGCUUCUCUGGGGGUCUGGGAAGUGUUGGAGAGCACCAGGACUGUAAUGGGAAGACACCAUCAGUCCGACAACACAUUAUCAAUGAAGUCUACCCUCAGGUCAAUGCACGCAAGGACAGGGAGGAUCUGGAUGAUGAGCUGGACUAUAGUCUAUGUUUCCGGAUGCAGAAGAUGAUAGAGGUGUACAGACCAGACUGGUGUGAGACCAGGGAAGACUGGUCCGUCUUCCUCUUCUCUCCCCAAAAUAAGUUCAGGUUGUUGUGCCAGUCCAUUAUAGCCCAUAAGCUGUUCGACUAUGUGGUGCUGGUCUUCAUCUUCUCAAACUGCAUCACUGUGGCUCUGGAGAGACCCAAGAUACUCCAGGGUAGCCUGGAGAGACUUUUCCUUACCGUGUCCAAUUACAUUUUCACAGCCAUAUUUGUGGGGGAGAUGACACUUAAGGUUGUGUCGAUGGGUUUGUAUCUUGGAGAGCAGGCAUACUUGCGCAGCAGUUGGAACAUUUUGGAUGGUUUCCUGGUGUUUGUGUCUUUGAUUGACAUUGUUGUGUCGAUGGCGGGCGGGGCUAAGAUCCUGGGGGUGCUCCGGGUUCUCAGGCUCCUGCGCACACUGCGCCCCCUCAGGGUUAUCAGUCGAGCUCCUGGCCUCAAACUGGUUGUGGAGACUUUGAUCACCUCUCUGAAGCCUAUAGGAAACAUAGUUCUCAUCUGCUGUGCCUUUUUCAUCAUCUUUGGCAUCCUGGGAGUCCAGCUUUUCAAAGGCAAGUUCUACCACUGCUUGGGCCUGGAUGUCAAAAACAUCACCAACAAGUCCGACUGCCUCUUGGCCAAUUAUAAGUGGGUCCAUCACAAGUACAAUUUUGACAACUUGGGGCAGGCACUGAUGUCCCUGUUUGUGCUUGCAUCGAAGGACGGCUGGGUCAACAUCAUGUAUCAUGGGCUGGAUGCAGUGGCAGUGGACCAGCAGCCCAUAACCAAUAACAACCCCUGGAUGCUGCUGUACUUCAUCUCCUUUCUCCUGAUCGUCAGUUUCUUCGUGCUGAACAUGUUUGUUGGCGUGGUGGUGGAGAACUUCCACAAGUGCCGACAGCACCAGGAGGUGGAGGAGGCCAAGAGGAGGGAGGAGAAGAGAUUGAGACGCAUGGAGAAAAAGAGACGGAAGGCCCAGAAGUUGCCUUACUAUGCCAGUUACAGUCAUGUGCGUUUGAUGAUCCACACCUUGUGCACAAGUCACUACCUGGACAUCUUCAUCACCUUCAUCAUCUGUGUAAACGUUGUGACUAUGUCACUGGAGCACUACAGCCAGCCUCAUUCUCUGGAGAUCACACUCAAGUACUGUAAUUAUUUCUUCACCAGCACCUUUGUGCUAGAGGCUGUCCUAAAGCUCACCGCGUUUGGUGUCCGACGUUUCUUCAAAGACAGGUGGAACCAGCUGGAUUUGGCUAUAGUGCUGCUGUCGGUCAUGGGCAUCACAUUGGAGGAGAUCGAGAUCAGUGCAGCUCUGCCCAUCAACCCCACCAUCAUACGUAUAAUGAGGGUCCUACGUAUCGCACGUGUGCUAAAGCUGUUGAAGAUGGCCACGGGAAUGAGAGCGCUGCUGGAUACAGUAGUUCAAGCCCUUCCACAGGUGGGGAACCUUGGCCUCCUCUUCAUGCUGCUGUUCUUUAUUUAUGCUGCACUGGGGGUGGAAUUGUUUGGAGAGCUGGUGUGCAACGAGGACUACCCAUGUGAGGGCAUGAGUCGGCACGCCACCUUUGAGAACUUCGGCAUGGCGUUCCUCACCCUCUUCCAGGUCUCUACCGGUGACAACUGGAAUGGCAUAAUGAAGGACACUCUUCGAGAAUGCCCACAGGGCGAAUACACCUGUAAUCCCAGCCUACAAUUCAUCUCUCCAAUGUACUUUGUGAGCUUUGUGCUCACGGCCCAGUUUGUUCUCAUCAAUGUGGUCGUGGCAGUGCUGAUGAAACACCUAGACGACUCCAACAAAGAAGCCCAGGAGGAGGCAGAGAUGGAUGCAGAGAUUGAACUGGAGCUGGCCCAGGGAACGCUCUGCUGCAUCGGAGGAGGUGUGUCUGGUGCAGAGAGGAGCAGUGGGGGGCUUCAGGGGGCUGGACCCAGCUCUGCUGUUCUACCUCACUCCCAGAACACACACCCAGGUGCCAACGAGCUCAACAGCACCAGGAAUCUCUACUCACCAGCCCAGGAGAACUUGUGGCUGGACAGUGUAUCUCUGCUUAUCAAAGAUUCAUUUGAAGGGGAGAUGCUGAUGAUUGACAACCUCUCUGGCUCUGUUUUCCAUCAUUACUCCUCCCCACCCGUCUGCAAGGAUUGCAGGACUCGUCCGCAAGAGCAGAUCCACAUGGCUGAACUGGAGCAGGCGUCUCUGAGGUCAGAGCAGCUCUCAGAUAAGUCAUCCUCACCAGCGCUGCCUGAUGACCUCAGCCUGGACGAGCAGAGCAUGUACCAGAUGGCUGCCAAAGAGGGCAAGGAAAGGGGCUGUGAUGAGUGCCUAAACUCUGAAGACCCUGGAGGGAGAGGUCACAGCAGAUUACGGCGACCCUCUCAGGUUCACAGCUCUGGGACAGAAGAGGGGGUGGCAAUGGAUGGAGCCAGUUCUCAAAGUCCACAUCACAACACACCAGCUCGUCACAGCAUAGGUGGAGUUCCCAGCAGUAAUCAGGAGUACCCAGGGGUUUCUGGAGCUUCGAGCCGCUCUACCACUCCCAUCCGUCUCCCUGCUGAAUUCUUCCACCCAGCUGCUGCAGCCCUCCCCGCACCCCCGAGAGGCCGACCGGGACACAAACCAAGAGUGCUCCGGCUUACUUCCCCAGCCUCAUGGGCAUCUCUACGCUCUCCUGGAGCAAACACCAGACUGCUCACCACACAGUAUCCAUCUCACAGUGACUCCUCCCUGGCUACGUGCAGCUCAGAGAGCAGUCUACCAACCACCAUGGAAGAAGGGCUCAGUUUCACCACCCAGCCACUACUGGACACACUCCUUGACAAUCGCUCCAGCCUCUCCACAGAGACCCUGAGACCCAGCCCUCCAGCCGCCCAGAACCUCCAAACUAUGAGGGGGCACCAGCGCAGCAAGAACAGUUGUGAAAGAGACAUUAAUGCAGGGAGAACUCUGCAAGACUUCGAUGAGGAUGUAGGAAUAGUACGGUGCGGUUCUAACCAGACGUGCGACAGCCAGCAGCUCUCAGAGACACCGAGCAGCCUGUCGCUCACAUCGCUGCUUCUGCCGUACUCUCUAGCACCCCUGUCUGUGAAAAAGUGCAACAGCACGGGUAGCUUAGACCAGGGGACUCUCACAACCCAAGAAAAUGUGUUCAUAAAAGAGCCACAGGGUAAAAUCACCAGCCCCUGGAAAGAAGGAAGAAGAGAGAGUCAGUCGGAGGCAGCACAAGGAAAAGAUGGGGAAAAUACAAGCCAAAUAACAAUUGUGGGCUCCAGAGGAAAUAGAUGAAACUUUACCAAGUGUUAGUUAUAUCUAAGGCCCAAUACGCAAUUUCUUUUCUUUUUUUUUUUCUUUUUUUCAGGGAGCAGUUUGACAUGUGGCAUUCCAUCUUAAAGUCUUUCUCUCUAUAUCACUGUUUUAUUUGUGACCUGUUACCAUUUUGUAUUUGCUUGUGGUAAACAUACAUCAGGACUGUAGAGAAGCUGGAGAGAGCAGGACUAGACAGAAGGGGACUGUUCAGACAGCUGCCUGAACAAUCAGGUCCGGAGACGACAUACAUGCAGAACAGGCAAAGCUUUCCAUAUGCUGGCAUGCUGGGACUUUUCUCAAAUGUUGGUUAAAAGGAAUAAAAGAAAGAAAGAAAAACCCAAAAGUAUAUAUAGAGGAAAAUGAAAAGAUAAAGAGAUGCAGAAAAAAAGUAAAAGAGAUUUCUUCUCUCAAAGAGGGCAUGUUGUGUUACAUUACAAGGACAUGUUUAGGAUUUUAACUAUUUCAAUAUACAGUACACAUGCUUUUUUUACAGUUUUUUUCAUUCGCUUGUCAUUUUGUUUGUAUUUGUGUGUUUCUACAUCACUGAGGACAGAGAACAGUGUUCCUCAUUCAACCUGAAGCAAAACAUUCAUUUAGAGAGUGACCAAACUUAAUGAGAAGCCAGACAUCCAUCUGUCCAUCCAUCCAUCCAUCUUAUCUAAUUUUAUUUAUUUAUUUAUUCAUUCAGAGUUAUUUGUUCAUUUAUUUAGGUUUAUUUAAAUUAUUAUUUUUAUAUAUUUAAUUAAAGGGCAAAUGUAGAAAUAUGUAAUCUCCUACCUUUUGCAUUAGGAGAUGAAGAAAAUAUGGACACAAGGACAAAUAGUCCUCUGCGUGAUGGAGUCUCUUUACAACAUAACAACUACUGAAGAUGUCAAUUCUGGAAGAAAGCAGUGAGGUUUUUACUCAGAUAUUUUUGUAUUGAUAUGCUCUGGAUCAAGGAAUAGAUGACGCACACUGUUGCGGUCACUUUUCUCUUCCCCACAACCCAAAAACAUUUCUCUAUGUGACUUUAUUCCCUGCAAGUGGCUUCCAUUUUUAUAAUUUUAGUUAGGUGGGGAACUUUUUGUAUGCUGGGGUAAAAAGAAUCAAACACACACACACACACACACAAAAGGAAGAGUAAAAAAAUACCAUCCUACGGAUUUUAGACUGUGGAUUACGUGGAUAUAGAAUACAGCCCGAGACAAAGGAUGAUAAACAGGCCAUUGGAUUUAAAUGUUUUUCAAGAACCCUGGAGCCUCUGCUUUAUUAUGGUCCUCGGAUGGCAUGUCAGAGGAGGAAAACACAAGACGGUGAUAUUUAGCUUUCAUUUUUGACAUAACUAGGUUGAUUGGAUUUGCAACUGAAUCAAUUAUUUAUACAUUAAUUUUCUUAAGCAUGGUUACUGGACUGCAGUAGGACACACCUGAUUUAUUAAUCCUCCUCUUUGAAAAAAAAAAAUGCACUCGUUUGCUCUUUAUUUCAAUUAGCUUAGACUUAGUCUCUGUAUUCAUGUGCAAAUGGAGCAACUCUAGGUAUGACACUGCAAAUAUCUCCAGAUAUAUUAGUUUAGUUUGCUGUAGUGUUUAGCACCCUUGAUGUUUUUUUUUUUUUUGUUUUGUUUUUGUUUUUUUAGAAUAUUCAGGUGAAUAUCACAUGUGGACUUGACCUGUUGUUUAACCUCAUUGUCAUUUGAUUGGUGGUGACUGUCCAUCUGUGACAUCGGGGUCUCUAUACAUUACAUCAGUUGCGUUGUGGUUUAGUCUGGACCUAAGUGCGUGAUUGUCAUUUUAUUCUUGCCCAUUUCAUUCAUGGAGCCACCGUUUUGAAAUGAGGAACACUAAAGUAUUAAAGUUUAUUCAGCAAAACACAAUAACAAAGGGCUUACUUGGUUUCCAAGGUGUUCUUGGAUCUCACAAGACAAUUUUUGCUAAUAGUGUGCAAGACUUCAAAGGUUAGUCUGACACUACAGCAAUAAAGAGUAGCUUUGUGUUCCCCAAAUAUAGGGGCCCCAUGAUUUCGUAAUGUCUUUUUAUUUUUAUUUUGCUUAUUUUUUUCUUCAAGGAGAUUAUUUGCCCUUGUUUACUAAGUAACAAUACCUUCACGACUUGAGGGCUGAUCAGAUGGGCUAAUAGAUGGGCUGCCAAUGGUUCAGAUGAACAAAUGAAGUCAUUUUGAACUCAGGGCCUUGGUAAAUACCACCGCUGAACGCUCUUGUUUCCUCAGGGAGACAGAAAGCAGGGAAAAGGAGGGCUGUAUGUUAAAUGUUAAUGUUCAUUUGAUUUGACUUUACAUUUAAUGCUCUGAUAAGCUUGUGUCAGUGCAUUAUAGCAGAAUAUGAGUGGAGGCCAAUUUUAUCAAAGUAACAUGUAAACUGAAAGCGAAUUCCAGUUAAAAGCAAUUGUAGUUUAGUUUGAAAGUAUUUGUAGCUUAAAGAAAAAUCUGACAAUGCAUUUAAGGACAGAUGCAAAUAUAUUUUGUGUAUGUGCGUGUGGUGUUAAAUGGUCUAGAGCAGGGUGCCCAAACCUAGAGGGCCGGUCCCUUACAGAGCUUAGCUGCAACUUGCCUUAAAACACCUGCCAGGAAGUUUCUAGUAUGCCUAGUAAGACUUUGAUUAGCUGCUUCAGGUGUGUUUAAUUAAGGUUGGAGCUAAACUCUGCAGGACACCUCUGGUCUAGAGUGAUGGGUGAGAUUUUGUACAAAACUCGAUGUGUCUUGUCACUGGGUUGAACAUAUGUACAUAUCCUUUUAGAAAAUCAAAUUGGAUGUGUGCCAUGACCAAUGACAAUGAUACAUGCAUUUUAGAAUGGUUGAGGCUUAGGUUUCAUUAUUGUCCCCCCUCACCCUGAGGUUUUCCUGAAACUGUAUUAAUGUAAACUUAAUUGCCUUUCGGUUUAUUGAUGAGACUAUAUUUCCCAUGAGACAGCUGUGGUCACGUGAGUUUGAACUGUCCUCAGUACUAGCUUAGAUCCCUUGUUGCACUGUACAUUUUCACUCUUGGAAUGACUCCGAUUGUCCAUGUUUGUGGUGUUUUAGACCAGAGUAUGUGAGCGGUGUGGAGUGGAAGUGGGAUUGUUUCGUUUUGUGUGAGCAGGUAGCGAGAAAUGCAAAAAAAAAAAAAAAAAAAAAACCCUUGCUUGAUUACAGUGUGCUCUUCACAGUCACUCCAUUCUACUCACAUCCUCUCUUCUGUUGUAUGUUUGUUUGCAACACACAAUGUUUGGUGACUGGGCUUUUUUACAAGU